CAUGUCCGGAUACGGGAAGUGGAGGAGGAACGGCCGCUUCCCGUCCGCUGCCUUCAUUGAGGGGCUCACCCUAGUAGUGCCACAGUCCCCUCUGGCCUCGGUCUUGGAGGACCCGCCUCGGUACAGCCGGGCUCGGUCCGGCCUCGCGCCGAGAAAAGAUGACAGCAAUCAAGCAUGCUUUACAGAGAGAUAUUUUUACACCAAAUGAUGAACGCCUGCUGAGCAUAGUCAAUGUGUGCAAAGCAGGAAAAAAGAAAAAGAACUGCUUUUUAUGUGCUACAGUGACAACUGAACGACCAGUUCAAGUGAAGGUGGUCAAAGUCAAGAAAUCUGACAAGGGAGAUUUUUAUAAAAGGCAGAUUGCUUGGGCCCUUCGAGAUCUUGCUGUGGUAGAUGCCAAAGAUGCUAUCAAAGAAAAUCCUGAAUUUGAUUUACAUUUUGAAAAAGUGUAUAAGUGGGUUGCCAGCAGCACUGCUGAAAAGAAUGCAUUUAUCUCCUGUAUUUGGAAACUGAAUCAGCGAUAUCUCCGGAAGAAAAUCGAUUUCGUCAAUGUCAGCUCACAACUUUUGGAAGAAUCUGUUCCAAGUGGAGAGAAUCAGAGUGUGACAGGUGGGGAUGAAGAAUCAGUGGACGAGUACCAAGAGUUAAAUGCCAGAGAAGAGCAGGAUAUUGAGAUAAUGAUGGAGGGCUGUGAAUAUGCAAUCUCUAAUGCAGAAGCCUUUGCAGAAAAGUUGUCCCGGGAGUUGCAGGUGCUAGAUGGGGCCAACAUUCAGUCAAUCAUGGCCUCUGAAAAACAAGUAAACACCUUGAUGAAAUUGCUGGAUGAGGCCCUAAAGGAGGUAGAUCAGAUUGAAUUGAAGCUCAGCAGUUAUGAAGAAAUGCUCCAAAGUGUGAAAGAACAAAUGGAUCAGAUCUCUGAAAGCAACCAUCUAAUUCACCUUAGUAACACUAAUAAUGUGAAACUCUUGUCCGAGAUAGAGUUCCUUGUGAACCACAUGGACUUGGCCAAAGGUCAUAUAAAGGCCCUUCAGGAAGGAGAUCUUGCCUCUUCCCGAGGCAUUGAAGCCUGCACCAAUGCUGCUGAUGCUCUUCUGCAGUGCAUGAAUGUCGCUCUCCGGCCAGGCCAUGACAAACUGCUGGCAGUCAAGCAGCAGCAGCAGCGUUUCAGUGAUUUGCGAGAGCAUUUUGCUCGGAGACUGGCCAGUCACCUCAACAAUGUUUUUGUUCAGCAGGGUCAUGAUCAGAGUUCAACUCUUGCUCAGCACUCUGUUGAACUCACUUUACCCAAUCAUCAUCCAUUUCAUAGAGACUUGCUCCGGUAUGCCAAGUUGAUGGAGUGGCUAAAGAGUACAGAUUAUGGAAAAUAUGAGGGACUAACAAAGAAUUACAUGGAUUAUUUAUCCCGACUAUAUGAAAGAGAAAUCAAAGAUUUCUUUGAAGUUGCGAAGAUCAAGAUGACUGGCACAACUAAAGAAAGCAAGAAGUUUGCUACACUGCCUCGAAAAGAAAGUGCUGUCAAACAGGAAACAGAGAGUCUCCAUGGAAGUUCUGGGAAACUCACUGGAUCUACAUCUAGUCUAAAUAAACUCAGUGUUCAGAGUUCAGGGAAUCGCAGAUCCCAGUCAUCUUCCCUGUUGGAUAUGGGAAAUAUGUCAACCUCUGAUCUUGAUGUUGCUGACAGAACAAAAUUUGAUAAGAUCUUUGAACAGGUACUGAGUGAACUGGAGCCCCUGUGUCUAGCAGAACAGGACUUCAUAAGUAAAUUUUUCAAACUGCAGCAACAUCCAAGUAUGCCUGGAACAAUGACUGAAGCAGAGGACAUGGAUGGAGGAACAGUAUCACGACAAUCUAAUUCUGGCACAUCUCUGUCUGCUUCAUCUGAGAAAGAUAUGAUUCGCCAAAUGAUGACUAAAAUAUUUCGUUGCAUUGAACCAGAACUGAACAACCUAAUUGCUUUAGGAGACAAGAUUGAUAGCUUUAAUUCCCUUUACAUGCUAGUCAAAAUGAGUCAUCAUGUGUGGACUGCACAAAAUGUGGACCCUGCUUCUUUUCUAAGUACUACAUUGGGAAAUGUUCUGGUGACUGUCAAAAGGAACUUUGACAAAUGCAUUAGUAACCAAAUAAGGCAAAUGGAAGAAGUUAAGAUCUCAAAGAAGAGUAAAGUAGGAAUUCUACCAUUUGUUGCUGAAUUUGAGGAAUUUGCUGGACUCGCAGAAUCAAUCUUUAAAAAUGCUGAGCGUCGUGGAGAUCUGGAUAAAGCAUAUACCAAACUUAUCAGAGGAGUAUUUGUUAAUGUCGAGAAAGUUGCAAAUGAAAGCCAGAAGACCCCCAGGGAUGUGGUUAUGAUGGAAAACUUUCACCAUAUUUUUGCAACUCUUUCUCGUUUGAAAAUCUCCUGUCUAGAAGCUGAAAAAAAGGAAGCUAAGCAAAAAUACACUGAUCACCUUCAGUCUUAUGUCAUUUACUCUUUAGGACAACCUCUUGAAAAACUAAAUCAUUUCUUUGAAGGCGUUGAAGCUCGAGUAGCACAGGGAAUAAGAGAGGAGGAGGUGAGCUACCAGCUUGCAUUUAACAAACAAGAACUUCGUAAAGUCAUUAAAGAAUAUCCUGGGAAGGAGGUGAAGAAAGGUCUGGAUAACCUGUACAAGAAGGUUGACAAGCAUUUGUGUGAAGAAGAGAACUUACUUCAGGUGGUUUGGCACUCCAUGCAAGAUGAAUUUAUACGCCAGUACAAGCACUUUGAAGGUUUGAUAGCUCGCUGUUACCCUGGGUCUGGUGUUACAAUGGAAUUUACUAUUCAGGACAUUUUGGAUUAUUGUUCCAGCAUUGCUCAGUCACACUAAACAUCAUGAAAGAAGAAAAGAUGAAUGAGUAAGCUUUCUCACUGCAUACAAAAAUCAGGCAACUGCUUUGAGAACAUAGACUUUUCUAAUUUUUCUCUAUUAAAAAAUGGCAAUUAAAUAGGUGGUACUAUAAUGGAAACAUUUAAGUGUAAAAGUACCUACCUGUGUAGCAGCCUUAUUUGCCUCAUAGGUUGUGUGCUAACUUAAAGCAUUUAUGUCAUUAUAAAAUGCCGUUAGCACUUUCAAGUGAGGGAACAGGAGAUUUCCCUGGAUUGCCUCGUGUCUGUUUGAAUGUGGUUUUCCAAAGUGUAAUGCACUGGGACCUUUGGCAUUCACUAUUUACCUGUUGCUUGGGAAAUCAUGGACCUACUAAACUACUGUACAGAAUGUUUUAUCUAACAGGUGUGCAGAGCAGUUAUGAACUUUGAUUUUUGAGUAUUAUGUGACUUACCCUGUAGUGAAUCUGAAAUAAAAGCAUU